UCAUUUCCCGCUCAUUUCUACAGUUCCUCUCUUUCUCUCUCUUCAUUUGACAAAUAGCUAAAGCCAAUAUCUAUCUAUCUCUCACUCGAAUCCCAUCUAUAUCUUCUCCCUUCAAAAAGCUCCCAACAAAUCUUCUUCCCGAAACACCAUCCACCGUUCUCCUAAUUUUCAGAUCGGAACCCUAACCUUCUGAACAUGAACCAUUACCACAUCUACGAAGCCAUUGGUCGUGGCAAAUACUCGACUGUGUAUAAAGGAAGGAAGAAGAAGACGAUUGAGUAUUUCGCAAUCAAAAGCGUUGAUAAAUCACAGCGGAGCAAAGUUCUUCAAGAAGUUAGGAUACUUCACUCUUUAAAUGAUCCGAAUAUACUAAAGUUUUACUCAUGGUAUGAAACUUCUGCACAUUUGUGGUUAGUUUUGGAAUUCUGUACCGGUGGAGAUCUCAUGACCUUAUUACGGCAGGAUGGUCAACUGCCGGAAGAUUCAAUUCAUUUUUUGGCCUAUGAUCUUGUCAGAGCUUUGCAAUAUUUACAUUCAAAAGGAAUCAUUUACUGUGAUUUGAAACCAUCAAACAUCCUUUUGGAUGAGAAUGGGCAUACAAAGGUACCUAUCCUCUAUAACUUUUUCAUAACAUCGAGUUGCUAUCAUCGUACUUGCUAUGCAAUUGAGUUUCACAUGUGUAUUUGUGUGAUGCAGUUAUGUGACUUUGCACUUGCAAGAAAGUUGAGUGAUAUAUCUAAAACACCUUCUUCCAUGCUGCCACAAGCAAAACGUGGAACACCCUGUUAUAUGGCCCCUGAAUUAUUUGAGGAUGGAGGUGUCCAUUCUUAUGCAUCUGAUUUUUGGGCCCUAGGUUGUGUGCUAUAUGAGUGUUAUGCAGGAAAGCCUCCUUUUGUUGGAAGGGAGUUCACUCAGCUUGUAAAAUCCAUCCUCUCAGAUCCGACUCCUCCACUCCCAGGAAGUCCAAGCCCUUCUUUUGUCAACAUUGUUAAUUCUCUCCUGAUUAAAGAUCCAGCCGAGAGAAUAAAGUGGUCUGAGCUUUGUGUACAUGCCUUUUGGAGGACUAAAGUUUCUCUAAUACCUUUACCUCCUCAGCCUGCUUUUGAAAACAUGAUUGAGUUAUAUGCUAAACCAUGUCUCUCAGAGCGUAAUGGUGACAGAUCUUCUCAAAGCAGGACCCCUCCUAAAUAUAGAGAAAAAGAUUCAAAAGGGUCUUCAAGAAAAGAUGAGAAUUCUCUGGUGGGUUUAAGAGGCCAUGAGACACCAGCUAAGGGUACACCAACUGGCCGUAAAACUCAAACAAAUGCUUCUGGCAGAGGAGUGGAGGAGAAGCAUAAAGAUCAUUCUGGUGCUAUUAAGCGUGUGAACCUCUUGAGGUUAUCUAGAAUAGCCAAAACAAACUUACAAAGGGAGAAUGAGAAGGAAAACUACCGAAGGCCCUUUCCCAAUAGCUCUGAGAAUGAAUCUGAAGUUAAAAUUGAGAACACUGAUAUGGAACUUGAUUUUGAUGAGAACACUGAAGAGGAAGUGCAUGAUGAACCAGAUGGGUCAGAUGUCCCGAUUUGUACAACUGAACAAAAAAUUUCAAGUCAGAAUCAGCAACAGCUCAAAGUGGAAGAGAGGGAUAAUAACAUUGACAAAUCAGACAGCCAAUCUGUGAGUAAUUUGCCUGCCUCAGAUGAAUCAAAAGCAUAUGAUCAGGAAUCAUCUUCAGAUCAUGUUGAAGUGGCUGCUACCCCACCCAGUGUCAGUUCCCAACACAGAAACCAGAGAAUUAAGGAAAGUCCAGGGUCUGCCUUUGAGUCUGAUUGUUCAAAAUCAUCCAAUAAUAUCUCCCAAGUUCUCUGGCAUCCUUCUGAUCUUUCUGUAAGACCUGUAAUGCCAAGCAGAAAAGCUGAUAAAAUGUCAGAGGUAAUUCCUUCGCUACCGUUUGAGGCAUUGCAAUCAUCUGAUUUUGUAAAGAUGUCAAAGGAACAAUUGGAUGCAUUCACCAAUAGGAUCGUAUUGAUAUUUGGUGGAAAUGCUGGUAUUGGUGAGAAGCAAAAUGUGAUUAGAUACCUUGAGAUGCUUGGUAAUAAUGCAGAUGCAGCUAAUAUCUUGACUAAUGGCCCAAUAAUGCUCAUGCUUGUGAAAAUGCUUAGGCAGUCCAAGACUUCAGCUUUGCGUGUACAACUUGCUUCACUGAUUGGCUUGCUGAUCCGGCAUUCUACUUUUAUUGAAGAUGACUUGGCAAAUUCCGGAAUUUUAGGUGCACUUACUGAUGGUCUUAGAGACAGGCAGGAAAAAGUGAGAAGAUUUUCUAUGGCUGCUUUAGGUGAAUUACUGUUCUAUAUUUCCACUCAGAAUGAGCACACAAGAGAUAACAACCCACUUGAAUCUCCAUCAAAAGACAACAAGCCUGUAUCUGACUGGCAGGUUCCAAAUUCAUUGAUUUCAUUAGUGUCAUCAGUUUUACGUAAAGGAGAGGAUGAUAUGACUCAGCUUUAUGCACUUAGGACCAUGGAAAACAUUUGCAGUCAAGGUGCUCAUUGGGCAUCUCGUUUCACCAGUCAGGAUGUGAUUAGUAACCUGUGUUACAUUUAUAGGGCUGCAGGGAAGCAGGAGAACAUGAGGCUAACGGCUGGAUCUUGUUUGGUUCGCCUUGUUCGUUUCAGUCCCCAUUGCAUUCAACAAGUUAUAGAUAGGCUUUCACUCAAGGAUACUGCAUCUGCUCUUAACAAGGGAAGUCUGCGCGAGCAGCAAAUCAGCUUAAAUCUUCUAAAUAUGGCUAUGCUUGGAAGCCAUCUGUUCACAAAUAUAGGACGGUACCUUCUACCUUUGGUGGAGGACAAGAAUCUGGUUCCUAGUCUUGUGUCUCUUAUUGAGCAAGGAAGUGAAGUUUUGAGGGGCAAAGCACUUGUUUUAGUGGCUCUUCUUUGUAAGAAUGGUAAGAGAUGGUUACCACAAUUCUUUUGCAACGCAAGGUUACUCCCCACAGUGGACAGAUUGGCAAAAGAGAAGGAUAGCUAUCUACAGCAGUGUCUAGAUUCAUUUCUUCAUGUUGUGGCAUCUACAGUGCCUGGCUUACUGGAUGGAAUAACUGGAGAUAUUCAGCAAAUGAUGGGUGGAAGGCGACAUGGGCAGAUCUCUGCCCUUACCAGUCGUGCAGCUCCAAAGAACAAUAUUCAUUUGUUCCCCGUUGUUCUUCAUCUUCUUGGGAGCUCAUCAUUUAAAAACAGAUUGGUGACUCAUCAGGUCUUGCGGCAGUUGGCAAAUCUUAUCCAAGUUGUAGAGACACCAUUUCAAGGACGGGACGACUUCCAAAUAACAUUAUUACGAGUUCUGGAAUCUAUACCAGAGGAGUCUCCGGUAAUCCUUGAAAGCUCUAAUAUUUUUAUUCAUGGAAUUCUUCCUAGCCUUGCUGUUCUUUACAAGGGCAAUAAAGAUGGUAAUGCCAGAUUUUUGUGCCUCAAAAUUAUGUUUGAUGUGAUGGUCGUCUUCUUGAAUGAACCUUCAUUAAUUGAUCAAAGGUCAGAGGAUCUGAAAUUGAUAUCUAAUUCUCAUUUUCUUCCUCUCUACCCCACCUUGAUUGAAGAUGAAGAUCCCAUUCCCAUGUAUGCGCAGAAGCUUCUAGUGAUGCUAAUUGAGUUUGAUUAUAUUAAAAUCCCUGAUAUUUUAGAACUGAAAAUGGUCUCCAAAUGUUAUGAAUUUUUGCUUGGCGAUCUGACAAAUGCAAAUGUAAACAAUGUCAAACUUUGUCUGGCUUUGGCUUCUGCUCCAGAGAUGGAUUCUAAGCUGCUUUCGCAGCUAAAGGUAGUUCGGAAGAUUGGAAAUCUUUUGGAGUUUGUAUACGCAAAGGAUAUGGAAGACUUUCUUGAACCAACUCUUGGCUUGUGCAGGGCUUUCCUUCUGCGCUCUGUAGGCGGUAGAAAUGGUUUUGUUUAUACAAAAGAACCCACACUUUUAGCUGAUACUUCUUCUGAGUCAAGUGGUCCAGUUGAUCAGCAGCACUGCAUAAGAGAUAUAAUGGAUUUUGGCAGCAAUAUUGGAGUCUUGUUGGAGUUAAGUGCAUCUCAUGAAGCAAACAUCGCAGAUGUAGCAUCUGAAUGUGUUGUAUUGUUGCUCAAGGCAGCUCCAAGGGAAGCUACAACUGGAUUCCUAACUAAUCUUCCAAAGGCAGGUUCAAUCCUUGAGUCCUGGCGCAAGGGCAUCUCUCACUUGCUAUUGCUGCGGAUAUUGCAUGCUGUGGGUUAUUCCUGUAGGCAAUACCUGUCCCAUGCCAUGAUACUAUCAAUAUCCAUACCUGAAAUUACACGGAUCGAAGGCAUUGUUUCUGAGCUGAAAACCUCAAGUUUACCUGGAUUGUCUAAUGUCGCUUCCCUUGUAGUCUCGGAGUUGCAGCGGCUUCCACGUUGCAUUUGAAGUUCUUGAGGUCGUCUGACUUUCUUUUUUGCUUGUUUCCUUUUAUAGAUUAAUAUAUUCUUAGAUUUACUUACGUGUUACAGGCAUCAUGGAGCAACUGAUUUUUCAAAAGGACAUAAAAAUGUUUAUGCAGUUCUGGACUAGCCGACUAAGGUGGUCAAAAUGAUCCAUGUUUGAGAGGUGAGUUAUAUUUUAUAUCGUCCUGUUCUUGGCCUGUAACUGUCUAAUCCAUGUAUGCUUGGUAUCUUCUUUGAUCUAUUCAAUUUAUGUUUUGUUGGUUCCUCCAAGAUUUUACUUGAAAGAAACCGCUGUACGUUUAUGCAUUUCCUUAUGCAAGUUUGA